CAAACACAGUUCAGGAAAAUAUGCCCCUAUGUUUGAAAUGAGAUUUUGAGAAAAAAAUAAAGAUAGCAGAACAAAAACAACAAAGUUAGAACUGAAGAAGAAAACUGCAUAUACAGAACAAGUCUCUGGCUGCCUACAUCAUCGUUUUUUGUGGUUAUUCUAAUUUCACACUAUUCACUUUGGAGAUUGGUCCACCAUCUUUGGAAUAAUUUGGGGAUUUGUAAGAAGAUUUAUCUUACACAAUAAAGAUAUGGAGCUCUUUAAUAUCACCUUGGAUACAACACCUCAGAACAUCACUGCCACAGAAAAUGUAUUCUCGAGUUUCACUACAGCUUUUGAGAAUAUAACCACAUCCCCAAUAACCAAGAACAAUGUUCCAAGAACACCACCAAGGAAUGUUCGCUGUGGAGACAUCUCUAGUUCUGCUACAGCCAUCCGCAACCUAUCAAUUUUCAUCUUCACUGUUGCUUUCAUUUUUGGAGCAGUUGGAAAUGGACUUGUUAUCUGGAUCACAGGCUUUAGAAUGAAGAAGACAGUCAACACUAUUUGGUUUUUAAAUUUGGCAGUCGCUGAUUUUAUCUUCACUAUCUUUUUGCCAAUAACCAUUUCCCACACUGCUCUAGGUAACUGGCCUUUUGGUAAAUUUAUGUGCAAGAUUAGCAGUUUUAUUCCAAUGUUUAACAUGUUUGCCAGUGUAUAUUUUCUCACAAUCAUAAGCGCUGAUCGUUGCGCAUUUGUGGUGUUCCCUGUCUGGGCACAGAAUAAACGGAACCCCAAAAUUGCUGUCAUUGUAGCUACUGUUAUCUGGGCAUUAGCUCUAGCUUUGAGUUUUCCUUAUCUUGCAUUCCGGGACACUUUUUUUAACAGUAAAACAAAUCUGACUGUUUGCUUUAAUAACUAUGCCUUCUCCCUUGAUACAAAAAAUCCAGCCAUUCAGUCAUUAAGGCUUAUGAGACAUAAAGCUAUGAUAUUUACAAGGUUUUUUGGAGGAUUUCUUCUACCCUUUUUAAUCAUUGUUGUAUGCUAUGGAAUUAUCAUCAUGAUGCUGAGGAAAAACCGAUUAGUGGCACAUUCUAGGAGACCACUAAGGUUAAUUGUUGCGGUUGUUGUUACAUUUUUCAUUUGUUGGUUACCUUACCAUAUAUUUUCAUUGUUGGAGUUGUCUCUCCAUGGUAACAAUUGUUCCUUAAAAAACACUGUUACUAUUGGUACAUCUUUGGCCAUUAGCCUGGCUUUUAUCAAUAGCUGUGUGAACCCCAUCCUUUAUGUGUUUAUAGGACGGAAUGCACAACAUCGAAUUAGGACAUCAAUUUUACAGGUAAUUGAGAGAGCUCUAAAAGACGAGCAAUCCCAAAUAACCCGUACUAGCAAAACUCAGUCCAAGUCUAUGUCAGAAGCAACAUCUAAAUUCCUCUAACAGGCAGCUUUACUAGUAAUAGUUUUCCUACUAAUAACUUGAAACAUGGAGAACCAUAAAUCUUUGCUGUGGGCACCACGUAGAAUUAGGACUGAAGAGCUACACAGAUUCCAGAAAUGUCAUGUGUCUUUCACUCAAUAUAAGCUCAUCAUAACAAAAGGAUUUUAGUGACAUGUAUUUUUGUUCACAGCAUUUUCAUUUUUAUAUACAUUUUUGAGAACACCAAACACCAGGGGGUGCAAUGAAAAUUUCAGGGAUUUUACAAAUGUACCAAAAUGCAGUUGCUGUGUUUUUGUUAAUAAAAUUGUAUAGAAAUUUUAUUAAAAAUAAUCUGUGUCUAUGUUGAAUGAUA